GGUGUUUUUAUUGAUUAUUUCGACAAAAUUCCUUUAAAAAUGAGUGUGGUUCGUGAGAAAAACAUUUCAAAACAUUUAACGCAGCUGGAAAAAACGAACGUCAUAACUCCGGACGAUGUAUUACGUUUAAACAAAAUAUCGGAAAAUUAUUUGUGUACCCCAGACGCAAACAUUUACGAAAUUGAUUUUACGAGGUUCAAAAUUCGAGAUUUGGAGUCCGGGGCGAUUUUGUUCGAAAUAUCAAAGCCCGUAACGGAAAAUUUAGAAAACGUUUCCGAGGAAAAUAUCGAAAAUAAUGAACCAAUUGACCCUAAUUCCGGACGAUUUGUUAGAUAUCAAUUUACCCCACAAUUUUUAAAAUUAAAGACAGUAGGAGCAACGGUGGAAUUUACAGUUGGAAGCCGACCAGUGAACAGAUUUAGGAUGAUAGAAAGGCAUUUUUUCCGCGACAAACUGUUAAAAACCUUUGAUUUUGAAUUUGGAUUUUGCAUUCCCUAUUCAAGAAACACCUGUGAACAUAUUUACGAGUUCCCGACUCUUUCAGAAGACAUUGUUGCCGAAAUGAUUACUAACCCUUUUGAGACGAGAUCGGACAGUUUUUAUUUCGUUGACGAUUGUCUAAUAAUGCAUAACAAAGCUGAUUAUGCUUACAAUGGCGGCGUGCAAACCUAACUAGGGUUUAAAAAAAACAAUAAUUUACUAAAAACGGACAAAACAUUACUAAAUACUGGGUUUAUUAUAAGAUUUAGAGGUUAAGUCACCGUUUUUACACUAUAUAUAUAAAUAUUUUUUGUGAUUUUUUUGCA